AUGGACAAUUCUUCAUCGCAAAAUGGUAAAGUAUCAUCGGAAAAAGCGAAAAAACAGGCUGAGGAUUUGGAUGAAGCAAAAUCGGAACAAUCAAAAGUUCCAAUCAAUAUCGAUCCAGAAGAGGCAAGAUUUGCGCAUUCUGGCGGAAAAUCCGAACAUGUUAUUGUGAAUUUCACGACAAAUCGAAUGGCAAUCAAAGUUAGAUGUGGUAAUGCAAGUUAUCGUAUUGAACCAACACAUAUGAUUGUGGAACCAGGAAAAUGUCGCCAACUCAAUAUCAUACGUCUUCCAGGUAAGAUUCGACAAAUUUAGAAACAUCCGGCCUAUAAGGAUUUUCAUUUUUAAACUCUACAGUAUCCAAACUUCCUAAUUUUAGGACCCGUUCAAACUGACAAAGUGUUUGUUCAAUAUAUUGAAUGUGAUGCAUCUGCCACUGACGCUAAAAUUGUUUUCAAAAAUGCGGAAGCCGCUGGAACUAAGAUCAACAACAUCAAGAUUAAGCUGAUCGUAAGUUUCAAAAGGUUUCAGAAAAUCAAAAAUAAAUAUUUGAAUUUUUAGGCUGCAGCAGCUGGUGGUAGGAAAAUGUCGCGUGAAAUUGUCGAAGAAUGA